AUGUCCGUCUCCAAGCCUGCCGACGUGAAUCCCUACCUUGCCGCCUACCUAAACUCCCUCGCAACGAACCCCCUCCAGACAAAAAUGGCAACCUCGGCAACCCUUUCCUCCCUUCAAGAACUCCUCGCCUCCUACCUCGCCGGCGAGAAGGAUCCCGUCACGGGUUCUUACUUCUCUACCCGUGUCUACAAGAUGAUGAUCUACGGCGGCUGUGUGUCGGCGCCUAUGGGACAUAUUCUGGUCGGGUUGUUGCAGCGCGCGUUUAGAGGGAAGGAAGGGGCGAAGUGGAAGGCGUUGCAGAUUUUGGCGAGUAAUUUGUUGGUUAGUCCGGUGCAGAACAGUGUCUAUCUGUGUUGUAUGGCGAUUAUUGCUGGGGCGAGGAAUGUGGAGCAGGUUAUUGCUACGUGGAGGCAGGGGUUUAUGCCGGUCAUGAGAGUCACCUGGCUCACCUCCCCCCUCUCCAUUCUCUUCGCGCAGAAGUACCUGCGGAACGAGCUCUGGGUUCCGUGGUUCAACCUCGUCAGCUUCUUAUUGGGGACGUAUAUUAAUGCGCAGACGAAGAAGCGAAGGCGUGAGUUGUUGGCGAAGCAGGCGAGGGAGGAGGAGGAGGCGAAGAAGGAGCUUUGAUCCAGGGGCCCGUACACGUUUCUGGAACGGCGAGGGAGGUGUAGGAGUAUGAUUUUGGAUCUC